AUGCAUGCAAGACAUCGAAGCCCUGGAAAUGGAACUAGGUCUACUUAUAUGGGACUGGGUGGUGUAGCUGCCACCUCUCGGAUUUCACCUGAAGGCUCAUUUAGAAAUCAUGGGAUAAAUAAUCCCGAUUAUCGUGGCUAUAAUCGGAGUUUUGGGCGUGGCCAGUCAAAGCCCUUUCAACCACCGCGGCCUCCACCACGUAGGGGUGAUAUUUUUGUGGAAGCAGGUCGAUUAGCAACUGAAUAUCUGGUUUCUAAGGGGUUACUGCCGCCUAAUGUACUUUCAGGGAAGUGGCAGAAUGGUAGUUUGAAAGUGGGGGAGUUUCCGGGUUUUAGGGCACAAGAAGCAGAGAAUUUGCUUCUUCCUAUGGAGGGCCGGACAUCAGCUCUUUCUCGUUUGGGGAACGCCGGUUCUGAUGUAGGGUCUGGUAGGAGAAGGUUUCCUGAUGAAUAUAACUCGGCAGGGUUGAGCAGUUAUAUCAGAGGAAGGAAAAGAACAGGAUCUUUCAAGGACUAUGGCUUGGAGUGGAGCCGAGAGCCUGGAAGAAUUGGGUCAUCAUCUGAUAAAGCUAGGGCUUCUCCUGAUGUGGAGGGCAAUGAUGAUGCUUUUUCUGGAUACCUGGAAGAGCAACAAGUUAAUAAUGAUGGUAGCAGUGGGGUGCAGAAGUCUCCACCCGAUGACUUAGCACCAGAAAGUGAUGGUGUGGGAGAUUCAGAGUCUGCUUUAGAAAAAUACCAGUUACCAGAUAAUGUGAGCUCAAAGGGGAGUUCUCCUAGUACUGGGAAAGAUCUCCAGCUCGAGGCCAAUAUGGAGUCCAUUGAGAGGACCGAUGACAUGACAAUGCCGAAUAUGGAUGCCAGAGAAGUGAAGGAUGGCAGUAGUAAUGAUGAAAAGGAGAAACAAAGUGCCAUGGAAAACACACCCAUCCAUCAUUGUGGAGGGGAGGUUGAUAUUCCAAGCAAGAGUGGCAAUGAUUUAUUGCGGCUUUGCAGCUUUGCCAAAGUGCCCACCAGAAUUCGUUCCUCGUUGACAACCAGGGGUUCAAAGCUUGACCCCGUUCCUAUUACCAAAGACGAGAACACCCAUGAGAAUGAACUUCCAAUAGGACCUGGAGCUGCCGUCGAAGAACUUCCUGUCGGUGGCUCCUCAGGUGAUGCUUCGUCAAAUCAAACUCAAAGUUCAGAAGGCAUUGGCUCUGACGCUUUAAAAGCUCCUGCCGUACAGGAAGCUGGGGAAUUGGCUCUUGCAUAUGCUGUGGGCCAGGGAAAAUGCACAAGGUCUAAAUCUUUCCCAGAGAGAACUUUUAUGAAUGAGCUAGAAUCAAAUGUGGGGCCUCCUGGGUUUAUGGAGAGAGGUGAAAAAAGAGUAAUGCACGACGAUGAGAGCCGGGAUGGAACUAAGAAGCUUAGAGAAUGGGCUCCCUCGAUAGAUACUCCAGAUGAUGACUGCUUGCGCCUUUCUAACUCGAUGGAAAAGCAGCAGACUUCAAAAGAGAGAACGAACACACCUGGUGAGGGAGUAAUUUUGGCUGCUGAUCAGACGAGGGUGGACAUUUCUCUCUUUCCUAAAUGUGGCGCAGAGCAGUGCAUUGAGUAUGCAGAAGAGAAGCAACUAAUUCCUGGUUCAUUUAAGACUUUCGACCUCAAUCUUAUGGAAGCUUCUGAUGUGAAUGAGAAUCAGAACUCUGAUACCAUGCUUAUCUUUCCAUCUAUUACGGAAAGUGAAAAAGCAGCGGCACCAGUUGAUAUUGAUUUAUCCAUGAGUAAUAAAGGGGAGAUAUCAGACAAAUAUGGUAGACAUGGAGCCAAUGGUAAAGAAAUUGAGGUGAUUGACUUGGAAAAUGAUUCCAUACAAGAAGACAAGGCCUUUAACGAUUCAGAGAGAAAGGAUGAAACUGUAUAUACAGGCCUUGAGAGCUUUCCCACCCAUGCACAUAAUUCCAAUGAUAUGCCUGACGUUCAGGAUGGUUACGGACUUAUGAUAUCAGAGUUGCUUGGAAAUGAUAUCCCUAGUUGUUCUUCUGUAUCAGCAGACAUUAAUUUUUUGCACAAUGACAUGGGCCUUGACAAUGGAGAGGGUAUUCUUGGUGAUGAUGAUUCAAUAUAUAUGUCCCUCGGUGAAAUACCAUCAAGUAUGCCUGAACUUUAAUUUAUUCGCACUAUUGUAUUCUUUAAAUAUACAGUUUCUACUUGAUUGGCCCAAGGCUGUCUUUGGAUGACAUGCUUAUAUGCCUAUUAACACUAUAAAGAUAGUGCUAUAGGAUUUGUCAUGAAUUGUUGCUGAACAGGUGUUAUGUAUAAGCCCUUGUUGGAAACUCAUGCCUAUAAAUACAUGUAAAUUAAAUGCAAAUUGAAAUAUGAGUAGUAUUUGGUAUCACAAUUUAGGUAUCUGUAUCUUUGAUAAAUUGCAUUAUUAUAGAAUCCCAGAACUUGGUUUGGACCACACAGUAUUGUAAAAAGCACGACUAGGCCCAAGGCGCAUUCAGGCCCACUGUCAGCGCUUCAGGAGGUCCCAGGUGGGGCGCCUUCUCCGAAGCGUAGUUGAAGCACAAAAAGCACGCAACUGGUGCUUUAGCAAUGGGCAAAAAGCAAGGACUUUUUUUGUAGGGGGUAUUUUUUGCGAACUAUUUU